AGGUAAGAAGUCGGUCAUGUGAGAAUCACAGGGUGACGAUAUCGUAACAUGUUGCAAUAAAAAGUCUGGAAACUGUUCGGAUCUUAUCACAGCAGUCGCUGCAUCUGGUACAGCUGUGUACUAUAGACGCACGCAAUCAAACUGUUGAGUGUAUUUUUGGCCGUUUUACGCCAGAGCUCAGGUGUUAGGUUUACGGUGAUCUGAGAACAGCUGGUGUCCUUUAAGAUUGCUACGUCAUCCGGAAUAUUUCUUUCGCACCGCCGUGUGAGGACUGCCAUAUUGUUGACCUAGGUAAAACCGACACAGACAAGUUCGGGCAAGUUCUUAACAUCACACCUCGGGGCUUCUUCAGAUCAGAACGAUACAUCCAUUCCACACAAUGACAGGGCUUGGACUGGUGCUCGUCCUGUCUGUACUAGCAGUUCAUACUUCGUUCAGUCAGAACGUGACGGACUGCUCGCCGUGCAGCUGUCAGCCAGAUCCCGCCGGGGGAACCAACGUGGACUGCAGCGGGCUGGGUCUCACCGCGCUACCGACCAACCUUCCCAACGAUACGGUGUCCCUCGGCUUCAAAUACAACAACCUCACAACAUUACACCUGGACGAACUGUGCAAGCUCAGACUCCUUGAAACUGUGGACUUGUCAAAGAACAAAAUAUCCUCAAUACGCGGAUCUUUUCGUUGCUUCGAAUAUCUUGAGUUUCACUUGUCGAAUAAUUCGUUAGAAACCCUUGACAGAAAAACGUUUGGGUCUUCACUAACACGGUUAAAGCAGGCGUUCUUGUUCAAUAACCCAUGGAAAUGUGACUGCCAUUUACUAUGGUUAAAGUUAGACAUGCAGAAAUACAAAAACAAGUUUCCACCGAAGGAGGUAAGAUGUCAAAGCCCAGAAAGGCUGAAAGGGAAAUUGUUGAAGUAUGUCAGCCCUGAGGACUUUACCUGCCCGUUUCCACUUUGGGGUAAGAUAUUGAUCGGUGUGACCUGUGGACUACCUCUUGUUGGUAUAGGAAUUGUGUUGGCUUUUCGGUGGAAAAGGAAAACAGAGGAGAAAAAACGGAAACCGGUUUUCAUCAAGGACGGGUGCGUGCCAACAGCCAAAUCUCUGAUACUAGAAUGGACUUUUGCAGAGGGUUACAAUCCAAGGUCAUGCGUUAUUUACAUCACCGGUGGAAUAGUUAAGACUAUCACCGUGCCAAACGAGCAAUGUAUGGAUGGGAUUUGGAUAUUAGAAGUGACAGAAGGCAUAGCGUGUAAUACAGAGUACACCGUUCGUGUGUCUGGGGGCUCGGAGACAGACCAGGGACCCUCCAGUGACACUAUCUGUCUAGUGACCGUUAAUCCAGGGGUACAUGUGGUAGGACAACACGAAGAGCAUACAGAAUACCAGAGGAACUUCUGGAUUAUAGGUCACGAGGACGACCAAAGCCGAAUAGAGAAACUGUGCAAAGCUCUGGAGAAACACCACGACCUAACAGGCGGGACGGAGUAUAGGGACUUCGCGGGUGGUGACAGUGUUUUCGACAACCUAGAUAAUGCCAUCUCCACCUCUAAGAUAGUGAUUGUUGUGUUAAGCAAUAACACCAAGGGGGACUGGGUCAAAUACCAGAUACAAACAGUCCGCCACUGUCUACUGGGCAGUGAUAAAGAGGUAGACGGAAGUCAAAGAUUGAUACCAAUUAGACUAACAUGUUGUCGCAUACCGCACUGUUUGCGGACAUUAACAACCUUAGAUGUGUGGAAUAAGUACUUCUGGAGAAACUUGCUGGCUGCUUUUAACAAGGAUACUUGCAAUGAUGAUAAUAGCACGGCUGAAAACAUACCACUGGUUCAGAACAAUGAAUAACUUGUCUUCUAGCAUAUUAUCAUGUACGGCGAAAGUGAAAGGUACCCAAGUCAGCAGGCAGACACAAUGGCGCGCUUUGUGUCGUCAUGUUAAAGGUAUGCAGAUUUGGUACGAAAGUGAAAGUUAAUUUGCUAGGUGCAUUUUGCGUGAUGCUGCUUGUAUUUUACAGAUCAAAUGUUGCGCUUAUUUGUACACUUAGACCAUUAUUUUCUUCUUCGACAUUUUAUGUUGUGAACAGGGAUAUCAGUGUCUGUGGUCCAACUGUAGACUACGAUUUACAAACUUUAACUUUAUCAACUGGAAAUGCACGACAUUAUUCUUAUGUUUAAUACACUUUGUCUGUAUAUCACGAAAGUUAAAGCCCACAUCAUUUCAGUGUUAUUAGACGCGUAGCUGAACUGAAAACCAUUUCCUUCCUGUACACCCUUAACACAGUUGUGUACAUAAAGUAUGCAAUAUGCAUUACCUCAUUUCUGAAAAAGUUGUACAUUACAGAUAACCUAUUACAAUCUUUACCUUACAAAUAGAUUCUGAACCAUUUUAAGAGAAAGACAGUGGCAUCUAUGUAGUACAUGAACACACACCUUGCGAAGUCAGUCCUUAUACGUACUGUACAAAAAUGGAAUAUACGUCAAUCGUACAAUGUAGACCAUACUAUCUUGUUAAUGUUAACCUAAUGUCCAUAUACA